UUUGGGGGAAACGGGGUCUCGAGGGGUCAAGGGUCACUAGGGCGGGACCGGCCCCGGAAGCGGAAGUGCGGCGCACUUCCGGUGCGCAGCGGGCGGCCAUGUUGGAGCAGCGGAGGCGGCGCAGAGGCGCGUCCUGGGUCCCCGCGGCGGCGCCGGUGCUGAGCGCUGGUUUGUGGAUACCCAGGCAGAUCUGCAGUGCCUAAUGCCAUGAGCGUGGUGGUGCAGCAUGUGGAGGAGAAAGCUGUGCACUCCUGGUCGCGGAUCUCCACGGCAGGGAAGAAGGCCCUGGAGGAGGCGCUGCUUGUCUUUAACCCCAUGAGUCAGGAUCUCAGUGCCACAGAGGCCCAGCUUGUAGCCUUUCUGCAGGGCCUGCGGGAUGAUGGCUUCCAACCCACCAUCCUGCGCAGCGGUGAUGUCUAUGGCUAUAGUUCAUGCACAGCCAAUCCCCCAAGCCAGACGAAACUGCAAGCUCGUGCCCCCACCCCAGCUGCCACAUCACCUCCAACCAGUGCUCCCCGAACUGCCAUGCGGCUGCCUGCAGGCCGGGCCACGCUGCUCCCUGUGCCACUAUCUGGAAGGCUGGCCAAAGCAUCCACACCAGCCCUUGCCAAACAUGCGACCACCAACCUACUCCUGAGCUCCCUGAAGCAGUCAAGUGCCAGCCGUGCCCAGGGUGCAACAGUGGGCUUCCCUGCCCACCUCUAUCCAGGUGUCUACCCUGCCAUGCGGCUCUCUGUUGUCCUUGAGGCCCUGGUUCCACUAAAGACUCCCAUGCCCUGCUUGGGUGCCAAGCACAAGGCACAGUCACUGCAGCUCUCGCUUGCAGACUCUCCCCUGAAGCUGCGCAAAGGUCCAGGAAAGAGGCCAGGGAACUGUCGAUCCAAAGCUCCCAGAAAAGCCACAGGCAAGGGCCCUAAGUGUCUGACUCACAGAGCCCCCAGGGCCAGACCUCAGCAAGGCACUACGCCCCGGAACAAGACCUACAAAGCCACUGGGUCCCUUAGUGGCCUACGAAUGAAAGGUGGCUCUGCUCUGGGCACCAAAACAUCACAGUCCAAGGCAGCUCGAACACUGGCCAAAGCUGCCCAGGCCAAGGUGGCUCGAACACAUGCCAAAGCUGCCAAGGCUCGUGCAAAAGCCAAGGCAGCACAGAUCAGGGCUAGGGCCAAGGCAGCGCGGAUCAGGGCCAAGGCCAAGGCGGCACAGAUCAAGGCCAAAGCCAAAGCCAAGGCAGUGCGGGCUAAUAAGGCCAAGGCCAGGGCAGUGCGGGCUAAAGCCAAGGCCAAGGUUGUACGAGCUAAAGCCAAGGCCAAGGUAGUGCGGGCUAAAUCCAAGGUCAAGGCGGUGCGGGCCAAGACCAAGGUGAUGCGGGCCAAGGCCAAGGUGGUACAGGCCAAGGCCAAGGUGGUACAGGCCAAGGCCAAGGUGGCUCGGACCCAGUCCAGGAGCAAGGGCAGGCCAAAAGGGGCUGUUCAGGCCAGGACUGCAAAAAGGGGCCAGAAAAGCCACCCUGAGACUGUGGGGCAGAAGAGGAAAAGGGCUGAGGAGGCAAAGGAUCUUCCUCUCCGGAAAAGAACACGACUUGGGCCCCGAUCGCCUAAGGUGUGGCUAGGGCCUGGAACAGCAAAACUGCUGAAAUUCCGGGCCAUCAAGGUGGACAGGCGGUCCUCAGAUGAUGAGGUGCGGCAGCGGGCUCAACAGAUCCUCCGUGUGAACUUGUCCCCUGUAAUACAGCUCCAGCCAUUGCUGCCAUACUCAGCAUAUAGCAGUGUUUGGGGAAACUGAGUCCAGUUGUCUGUGUGGCCAGUGGCACAGUGUGCAAUGCCCAUGGAUUCUACAACCCCAAGGACUCCAGGUGCCUCUCCAGGGCCCAGAGAGCCACCAUUCUCCUUUCAGAGACUGGAGGAUAUGGGGUGGUAUGGGUGGGCGGGAGGGGUGGUCUCCUGGCGCGAUGCACUGUGAUUUGUUACUCUUUGAGUUGUACCUCCACU